UAUUCGUUUCAGCCGUAUACAUCUAAACUUCAAGAUCGAAGAACGACAAAAUCGAGCCGAGAAGGAAUUCGUGUUUUGCUUAUCACGUGAUGAGGACCCAUUGUAUGUUUAUAUGUUAGCACUGCGUCGCAAUGAUUACGAAUUGCUAAAGCGGGAGCAGGAAUUAGAUGCGGAUUUCGAUGCGUUCCCGAAAAGGAUCAUCGAUUUCGUCACUUGCCUGGACAGUAGCUGUGGCUCACAUCUUCGCACUGGCAGCACUGACGAUUCCAGUGUGCUCAAGUUUGAAUUGGUAGGAAAAAUGGGCUUCAAAUGGGUGACAAUUCUUUCGUUGCCUCUGCAAAAAGUGACCGAUAAGGCGCUUGUAUCACAUCUGGUUGAACGAAUCACAAAAUACCAGGUUCGACUUCGAUUUUGCUGUAUCGUUACGGUGGCUGGUGCACAUUUACUAUUGCCGCGGCACGACAUUCCUUAAUU